AUUUUCAACAUGAAAAUUGUGUUCUCCGUAAAUAUUUAGUGUUUUAGUCAUUUUUGGGCCCGUUUAGAGGCCAAAAAUACCAAAAAUUGUGAAAAAUACUCAAAAAAUCAACUUUAAACGUGAAAUAAUGACAAAUUAUUGAUAUUAAAAGCUUUAAAGGCAAAAACUGGGAUUUGAACAAAAAACUUCUAAAAGUGAAAAAUUAAAUUUUGAGGCGAUUGCGACAUGAAUUCCACAUCGCCAGGCGAAAAAGUCGCGCGUUGCGAUGGAAUUUUGGCAAGCGAAAUGCCAUCUGGCAGCAAUGUGGCCGCAAUUAUCGACCGUCACCACAAUAAUCAAUCGCAAACACCGAAGGUUAACCAGCUGCGUAAUAAUAGUGUCGAUUGCGGGGAACGCGUGUACGACGAUCCGUGCGAGCUGCUCGAGCGUGACUGGAGCCGAGAUUCGUUGUCGAAGUUGCCAAGGUCACGGAGUUGGUUGUGUUGUCCGCAUGCGAGCGGCGCGAAAAAUAUUUUUCAAAAUGAUUCGGGAGGCAUUCCUUUCAUUACGGAAUACACAGAUGACUUGGUGACGGAAGCGCCGAAACCACAAACUCCAAUUUUCCACGUCGCUGCAUUAUCUGCCCUCAACAAUGAAGUUCUCGAGCUACGUUCAAAACUGCAUCGUGCUGAAUUGGAAAAAGAUGCUCUCAAGUGUCAAUUACAGGAAGCCUUCAACGAACGCGAGCGUUCUCAACGUCGCUUUGACUCCUUGGCAGCUGCAAAUGAAGGUCGCAUCACCGAAAUGCACGUUUUGAUCGUCGAACUCCAGAAAAAACUCAAAGCGCAACAAGAAAAUGCCAUUUUAGAAGAGCCUGAAUGCGAAGGAAGUGUUUCAGAAUUGAGUUUUCAAGAAGGCUCCGUUUACAAUUCCGACGUCGAAGGCAGUCACCAUGUCCCGGACCACCAUUUAGAGGUAGAAGACGAUGCCAAUAGUGCAAAAUCCACGUCGCCUUGCUCCCCAUUGCCACCGAUGCAAAUGUCUCACAUCCAAAUGGAAGCGUUACAAGAGGAAAUUUUGCAUUUACGAGCUCAAGUUGCUUUAUUACAGUCGCAGUUGGCUACGCAGCAGUCUCCGCGCGAUGAUCAAAGUGUCCAUGACAACAAAUCGAACUACACGAGUGACGAUUUGUGCGAAACGGCGGACAUUUUCGACGUGGAAAAUGACAAACGGGAGACAGAAACGCCGAAAAAGUCCCCGGGUGAGCUAGCUGGCGUCAGUAAAUCCACGGAACGGGUGAAAUUACGAAGAAAUGUUGAGGAAACGGCUGAAAUUGAGACGUCGCCGAUCGUGGAAGACGAAAAAACGACAAUUCAACAACUGCAAACCGACAUCCAAAGACUGAAAGUACAAAAUAGCGUUGUUACACUCACGUUAGCCGAGAGCAAGGAGCAUUGCGAGCAACUUUACCUUCUUUGUGGAAAAUACGAAUCGAAUGCCAUUGCCCUGCAGCAAGCCCUGAACUGUAGUGAUCGCGCAAUUGAAGCUUAUGACGUCAUGUUGGCACUGCUGGAGAGCAAAUUGAGUCUUUUGGAGAAAGCGCCGAGCGCUAAUGAGAGUCGAAAGGCAGCUGAAACCGUCGCACGUCAUUUACUCAAUCGCUUGAGUGACGACACGAUGACCGAAAAUAGUUCGGGACCGUGGCAGGAGCCUGUUGUCUUGCAAUCGACUGACGAUUUGAAGCCCUGGACUGACGACGAUGACCUUUUGUUACGGAAACACGUCUCCAAACUCAAGGGACAGCGAUUUACGACACAAAAUACAACCGUUACCCUUGAGCCGCCCUUCAGUUAUGGUCGCUCGGGCAAAGAAGAGCUGCCAAGUCCCAUGGGAAGUAGUCGAGGCAGGUCCCGUAAUGACAGUCGACGCAUCGAUCUGGAAACUGCGGUGCUUUUGCAAGAGCUGAACGACUACAAAUCCCGUGUCGAGUCCUCAGAACGUGAAAAAAUGGAUUUGUACAAGCAAUUGGGAACGUUGCAAGAGUCUUUAUUGCAUUUGCAAGGGCAAUUGCAUGAUUCGGAAGCUUUGCUGGCGAUGGCAACGAAAGAUCGAAGCUCAUUUUCUGAAGCGGAGUAUGCCGUGAACAUUGAACGGGAACUGGUCGAGGCAUUAUCACGUGAAUCGAGACUGAAAUCGCGCAUACAGGGACUCGUGGGAUCCUUGGAGGCAGCGACAAAAUCAAAAAGUAACGAGAAAUUUUCUAAAAUUCACCAAAGUCAUAUCAAUGAGUUAAGACAGACCAAUAUGGGUCUCGAUAAAUCCUUGGAAAAAUGCAAGAAAAAAUAUCAGGCGAAAAUGAACAAGCUCGAGCAGCAACUUUUGCAACUAUCUCUGGCAAACAACAACAAUCUCACCACAAACAACCGAGAUGACCGCGACGACAAAAGUACAAAACCCGACACUCAACCAACGCAACUCAAAGAGAUUUGAUCCUUACAUGGAUAAAUAUGUACUUUCUUACAUAAAAAAAAAACUUCAAGUAUUAAUUAAUUAUCUUUAAAAAAAAUCCAAGAAAAAUCACAUUUUUUGCUCCUAUAAAAACGAAGCCAAUCUAAAUAUUUAAAAAAUUAUAAUUUAAGCUAAAAAUCCUUUUUUUUUUGUAAAAUGUCCUCUUUUUGUCUGUAAACGAAAAAAGGUACUAACGUAAAAUUAUAUAUAUAUUUAUAGAAUAGAACAAAAAAAAUUAGAUAAAAGCUACACACGCUUUUAAUGCUUUAAAAAAAAAACAAAAACAACGCGAGAAUUGCAGAACAAAUGUUAGCCUUAAUUUUCUUAUUAUUAUUAAUUAAUUAUUAAUUAUAGAUAGAAUUAAUAUUGUUCAUCAUUGUUUUCUUCAG